AUGCGUCCCGACAAGCCCCGCGACCCAGUUGCCGGCCCCGAUUCAGGGCCCGAAGCCCCGUUCCCCGUGCGCCUGUCUGGGCCGGUGAUCAAGGGCUUUGGGCGGGGGAGCAAGGAUUUAGGAAUCCCCACAGCCAACAUCCCAGCCGACGAUUUGUCCGAGAAAUACCCCAACCUGGAAACAGGCGUAUACUACGGCGUGGUAGCACUAGACCCCAAGAGCUACGAGCACGCAAACGGCUCGACAAACGAGAAAGAAUCUUCAACACUCUUCCCAGCCGUGCUGAGCAUUGGAUAUAACCCGUUCUAUAAGAAUACCGUGCGAUCAGUGGAAAUCCACAUCAUGCCACCUCUGACAUCUCCCUCCCCGACGGCGGUGGCUCAGCCGAAAUUCAACCGCCUGCCUGAUUUCUACGGAACAAACCUCAACCUGCUGAUCUUGGGCUAUAUCCGGCCGGAAUACGACUACGUCUCGAUGGAUGCGCUGAUUGAGGAUAUUCGCAUCGACUGUGAAGUCGCGCGCCAGAGUCUCCUGCGCGAGGCAUAUCAGCGAUAUCUGGUCGAUGAUGGGAAGGCGGCGGAGAAGGUUAAUGCGGACCGGAAGUGGUUGGUUACAUUCUGA